GGGGAGGGACGGACCAGGAAUUAUUUUUAUUUCUUUGUUUCCCGGGGAAAAAAAAGGGAAAAAAAAGGGAAAAAAAGAAAAAUAAACCCAAAAAAAAAGUCCCGCGCUCGGGAACCCCCCGCGGGGGCGGAUGGUGCUGCCGUGAGCGGGGCGGGCCGGGCCGGGCCGGGCCGGCGGGAUGAAGCGGCGGAGCGCGGACUGCAGCAAACUGCGGCGGCCGCUCAAGCGGAACCGCAUCACCGAGGGCAUCUACGGCAGCACCUUCCUGUACCUGAAGUUCCUGGUGGUGUGGGCCCUGGUGCUGCUGGCAGAUUUUGUGCUGGAGUUCAGGUUUGAGUACCUGUGGCCCUUCUGGCUCUUCAUCAGGAGCGUUUACGAUUCCUUCCGAUACCAGGGCUUGGCCUUCUCAGUAUUUUUUGUGUGUGUAGCAUUCACCUCCAACAUCAUCUGUCUGCUCUUCAUCCCAAUCCAGUGGCUGUUCUUUGCUGCCAGCACCUAUGUGUGGGUACAGUAUGUGUGGCACACAGAAAGAGGUGUGUGCUUACCAACAGUAUCACUGUGGAUACUUUUUGUUUAUAUUGAAGCAGCCAUUAGAUUUAAAGAUUUAAAAAACUUCCACGUGGACCUUUGUCGUCCAUUUGCAGCACACUGCAUUGGCUACCCUGUUGUGACUUUGGGCUUUGGCUUUAAAAGUUACGUCAGCUACAAGAUGCGGCUGAGGAAGCAGAAGGAGGUGCAGAAGGAGAAUGAGUUCUACAUGCAGCUCCUGCAGCAGGCUCUGCCCCCAGAGCAGCAGAUGCUGCAAAGGCAAGAGAGGGAGGCAGAGGAAGCAGCCAAAGGAUUAUCUGAUAUGGAUUCCUCAAUACUCCUGCAGCACAAUGGGGGCAUUCCAGCCAACAAAAAGAUCUCUGCAACGUUGCCAGAGCUGGAAUAUCGAGAAAAAGGGAAAGAAAAGGACAAGGAUGCAAAGAAACACAACCUUGGAAUAAACAACAACAUUUUGCAACCUGUAGACUCUAAAAUACAAGAAAUUGAAUAUAUGGAAAACCAUAUCAAUAGUAAAAGAUUAAAUAAUGAUCUUGUAGGAAGUACAGAAAACCUCUUGAAAGAGGACUCAUGCACUGCCUCGUCCAAAAAUUACAAAAAUGUCAGUGGGGUUGUGAACUCCUCACCCCGCAGCCACAGUGCAACCAACGGGAGCAUCCCCUCCUCAUCCUCCAAAAAUGAGAAAAAACAGAAAUGUGCCAGCAAGAGCCCGAGCACACAUAAGGACUUAAUGGAAAACUGUAUUCCUAAUAACCAGCUAAGCAAACCAGAUGCACUGGUAAGGUUGGAGCAGGACAUCAAGAAGCUGAAGGCUGACCUGCAGGCCAGCAGGCAGGUGGAGCAGGAGCUGCGCAGCCAGGUGAGCUCGCUGAGCUCCGCCGAGCGCGGCGCGCGCGCAGAGACCGGCCAGCUGCGCCAGGAGAACGAGCUGCUGCAGAACAAAUUGCACAACGCUGUACAGAUGAAACAAAAAGACAAACAAAUGAUCAGCCAGCUGGAGAAGAAGCUAAAGGCAGAGCAGGAGGCACGAACCUUUGUAGAAAAACAAUUAAUGGAAGAAAAGAAGAGGAAGAAGUUGGAAGAAGCAACUGCAGCACGAGCUGUGGCCUUUGCUGCUGCUACCAGGGGGGAGUGCACCGAGACCCUGCGGAGCCGCAUCCGCGAGCUGGAGACCGAGUGCAAGAAGCUCAGCAUCGACAUCAAACUGAAGGAGGACCAGAUCAGAGAGCUGGAAAUCAAAGUGCAGGAGCUGAGGAAGUACAAGGAGAACGAGAAGGACACCGAGGUGCUGAUGUCGGCGCUCUCGGCCAUGCAGGACAAGACCCAGCACCUGGAGAACAGCCUGAGUGCAGAGACCAGGAUCAAGCUGGACCUGUUCUCUGCCCUGGGAGAUGCCAAAAGGCAGCUGGAGAUUGCCCAAGGGCAGAUCCUGCAGAAGGAUCAGGAGAUCAAGGAGCUGAAGCAGAAGAUUGCAGAGGUGAUGGCAGUGAUGCCCAGCAUCACCUACACUGCAGCCACCAGCACUCUGAGCCCCGUGUCCCCACAUUAUUCUUCCAAAUUCGUGGAGCCCAGCCCCUCUGGACUCGACCCCAACGCCUCCGUGUACCAGCCCCUGAAGAAGUGAGGGAAUGCCAAGGUUCUCUGUGCCCCCGGGGGUCUCUUGCAGUCAAGAUUGAAAUUGUUUCGUGUGGGACUGUGUUUGUUGUCAUUUCCAGCAGGAGAAAAGAGCAUUUGGCUAGAGCUGCCCAUCGGUUUUUCUUGUAAAUUUUUAGGGAACCUCACAGAACUUUGCGAUUUGUUUUCCUUGGCCAACGCAUUAAAAACGAUUCUUGGUUUUCAAGUAGCCAAUUUUGCCUUUUUAUGUACUCUUGCAUGGUUUCCUCUUGAAAAAAAAAAAAACAAAAAACCACAGGGCUUUGCUUGGUUUUGAACCCUUUCUCCUCAGUUUUUUAUUUAAUUAUUAAAUUGGAUUUGCAGAUUCAUCCAGUGAGGAAAACCCCUCAGUUUGCCAGUGAAAGGGUUAAACAACCCAACAAAGCUUUGAUUUAUUGAUGUGUUCAAUACAAAAACGUGGAUGUUGCAGAAGAUAAUUUGAUUUUUCCCCCCUCAAAGGACCAAACAAAUUCCAGGGGCGUUGUUGAAGGGAAGGAAUAAAGAAUAGCUGAUGAUGUGAUGGUGGUUGUUGUGUGAAAUAUUUCUAUCCCCAUUGGUGUUUUUUUUCAGUCAUGGAGAAUCGCUGAACAGUCUUGUCCACAGUGCCUUGGGAAAAGACAUUUCAAGAGGAAACUUGAUGGUUUAAAGUAUUUUUUUUUUUUUUUUGCCCCCCUUCACUGUCAUCCAGCUUCUGUACCCGAGCUCGUUCAGAGCUGCUCGUGCUUGGUCAGGAUCCAGGCUCCAUGCUCUGUUUUAGUUCCAAACUCUGCAGUUUGUUCUGUCCUUGGUGGUCCUGCCCUGGAGAGUGAAGGUGGAGCUGUGCAAUGUUCUGUACACGAGACACUGUAAAGCUGCCUAAUAAAAGCUGCAGUUCUGGGGUUUUUUA